AUGGGACUGAUUUCUUGGUAAGAAGUUAUGACAAUGCGUCCUAGUUACGAUUUUUGUAUUAUAGGAGCGUGUUUGUUGGGAUAUUGGCCAGCAUUCUGUACAUGACAGCACGUGUAAAGGAAUUUGAGAUGAAUGAAGUGAAGUAAGUAAAAAAGAAGAUUGCCGCACCCUCUAUUGAAAGGCAACAUUGGGUCUCGUCCAAGGACCAUAAAGAAUGAUGUCAUCAAUACCCAAAACAGAAAAUGGCUUGAAUUUCACGAAUACACAACAUCUCUGUUACCAUCGAACAUAUCAAUAAGCAAAUGUGUACAAUUGGCUUCCUUAUUAUGUAAAUAUACAUAUGUGAUUUUUUUAGGCUAGCUCCACCCCGGCCCCUAACCGGCAGACUAGCCGCAACCUCCAAGAACACUCUCAAAUCCGUCGAUCGUUUGUUUGAAGGCCAACUGGUUGCUCCGGAAUGUCAACUCUUCCACAAGGGAGCGUUAUAUUCCACGAGCAUGGCCGGUCCCAUCGUUAAAAUUGUCGAUGGGAAAAUAGUGAAAUCGUUGGAGAUCUUUAAACAUAAUCCCAAAUGCAGUGAGUAUCAGUCUGUCGGGAAAGUAGUGAACACAAAUUUGCUGCGAAAAUUGCCGCGACACAAUUCAUUUUUUUGCGAUUUUCGAUGCGACAGAGCGCUCAUUAUUUUCCAGGCAGACUGAUAUUUGACAAUUGAAGCAAUCAAAGUUAUUUAGGGAGCCAUGGAUGCUCGAUUCCGCUGGGUAUUCGUCAUUGGAAGGAGGAGACCUUCGUUUUUGCCGAUGCAAAAUUGGGCAUCUUCACUGUCGACUUCAAAACUGGUAUGGUCGGGGUUUCACUGCGCUGACAAUGAGGUGUCCUACAAAACUUACUGGGCCAAAAAACAAUAAUAACUUUUUGAAUUUUAAUGCUGUUUUAAUGCUGGGAUUUCCUAACAUCCUCUCAGACCAAGCUCUCAGCUACAGUGACGGACCUGAUCCAGUGGCAAAAAACGUACCAUUUUGAAUCCGGGGAGCAUCAAAAAUGUGGCAAAAUUCUUCCCUUUUCAAGUGAAAAAACUUCGUUUUGAAGGGCGCACCAGUUCCCCCACAAAAAGAGCGGGCGCGUUUUUGAAAUCGGAUUUUUUUUUCACUUGGAGAAGGAAGCAUUAUGCCACAUUUUGAUACUUCCCGGAUGCAAAAUGGUACUUUUUUUGUCACUGGAUUAGGCCGCCACUGUACGGCGUUGAUAGCAUAGACAUUUUUUUAUUUCAGAAACCUUCAAGCACAUCUUCCAUGCCAGCACGGUGAUUGGAGAUUGGAGUAACACGUUUGCUGAUGAUUUUGACUUUGUUGCGAACGACUCAAUCAUCUUCUCUGACAUGGCCCCGAAAUGCGGCUUGUCCGGCUACAUGUUGUGCGCUUUGGAGUGGUCUAGGGAUGGACGGUGAGUUUUUAAAUUUACAACAAUUUCUCAACGUUACAACGAGUUCCAAGGCCUUCUCUUUUAACUUUAACAUAUAACAACCUUCAAUUUUAGUCUAAUCAAGGUCAACUUGAACACCGGAGCCUACGAGAUUGUUGCGGACAAGCUGAUCUCUCCGAAUGGAGUGAUCUCUCAUCCGGACAAACAAUCAGUUAUUGUCGCAUCUACAUCCGCUUCCGAAUUAAUCAGAGUUUACAACGCCGGACCGAAGAAGGGGAAGGUUGAGGUGUUUGCAGAUGGAUUACCGGGACUUCCCGACAAUCUGAGAGCCACUUCUUCCGGAAAAACCUUUUGGGUUGCCUUUUACUGCUCAACGGUUAACGGUCGACUAUUUACUCAAUGGUUUGCGGAGUACCCGAGCAUUAGGAAAUAUCUGGCUUAUGUAGAUUAUAUUACAAUUAUACUAUAUAUGCAGUGGCUGACGUGAUUCAGUGGCAAGAAACGUAAUAUUUCGCAUCCGGGAAGUAUCAAAAAAAUGCGGCAAAAUACCUCCCUCUCCAAGUGAAAAAACUCCGACUUCAAAAGCGGGCUGGAGGGGUUCCGACCGGCCCAGCCCGUUUCAAAAUUUCCGUCGGCAAGGCUCGGCCCGUUUUUCAGCCUGGCCGAGGAGCCAUGUCUAAUGCGCCUUUCAAAAGGGAGUUUUUAAGUUGGAUAAUGAGGUAGUUUGCCGCAUUUUUUUGAUACUUCCCCGAUGCAAAAUGGCACGUGUUUUGCCAUUAGAUCAGGUCCGUCACUGUAGAUGAUUCCAUGACCUCAGAUGACGUCAUAACCUUCAUUUUCAGUACUCAGAAUAUCUAUUUGCUCUUGACACCUACACCAGCUCAAAACACGUAAUUUUCAUUGAAAUGGACUUUGAAGGAAAUGUGGUCUCGUCUUACCAUGAUCUGGAAGGACGACUGAAGGAGAUGACUAAUGUGAGGUUUCUUUGGAGAUAAAUAUUUUCUUUGACAUGGUCUACUAACCUGUAAUUUGGCAUUGUAGAUUAUUGAUGACGAGAAAUACUUCUACUUCGGAAGUGCGAGCCAGAAUUGCAUCCGUCGCGCGCUCAAGCCACGGGUGAAGUAG